UGAAACUGAAAGCAGAGUCUUCUCUCUGUUUAUGUCUUUGUUGAAUUGCUGACCAAAGACAAUUCUUUUGUAUUUGUACCUGUAAUUACCUCACCACCUUCUUUUCCUUCUUUUACAACUUUCAAACUUCUUUCAAAUCUCAACUCUCCAACAUAAUUCUUUAUUUUUUUUGCUAUCCAUUUCAUUUGACUUUAUUCAUCUCUGCACCACCGCCACAGAUCUCAUGGCUGGUCGCUAUGAAAGCAACCCUUUUGAUGAAGAAGAAGUUAAUCCCUUUUCUGAACCAGCUGCAAAGGGAAAAACAUCAAGCCAAUCAAACUACAGUGGUGGUGCAUUUUACACAACAAAUCCUGGAAGUGUUCCACCUGCCAAGAAUUCAAGGCUUUCACCUCUUGAGCCAGAGCCUGCUGAUUAUAAUAAUUAUGGCUUUGGCGCAACAGUUGAUAUACCUCUUGAUACAUCAACGGAUUUGAAAAAGAGGGAGAAGGAACUCCAAUCCAAGGAGGCUGAUUUGAGAAGAAGGGAACAGGAAGUGAGACGAAAAGAAGAAGCUGCUGCACGAGCUGGAAUUGUUCUUGAGGAAAAGAAUUGGCCACCAUUUUUCCCAAUUAUCCAUCACGACAUUGCUAAUGAAAUUCCGGUUCAUCUUCAAAAAUUGCAAUAUGUUGCAUUUACUACAUAUUUGGGACUAGUGGCAUGCCUAUUGUGGAAUGUUAUAGCUGUUACUGCUGCUUGGAUUAAGGGUGAAGGUGUAAAAAUUUGGUUUCUGGCCAUUAUCUACUUCAUAUCAGGGGUACCUGGAGCAUAUGUUCUGUGGUAUCGUCCAUUAUAUCGUGUUUUUAGGACGGAAAGUGCUUUGAAAUUUGGAUGGUUUUUCAUGCUUUAUCUGGUUCACAUAGGAUUCUGCAUCUUAGCUGCUGUUGCUCCUCCUAUAGUUUUCAAAGGAAAAUCCCUGACGGGUAUUCUAUCUGCCAUAGAUGUGAUAGACAACUCUACUUUGAUCGGGAUUUUCUACUUUAUUGGAUUUGGAUUUUUCUGUCUGGAAACGUUGAUAAGCAUUUGGGUUAUUCAGCAAGUAUACAUGUACUUCCGCGGAAGUGGUAAGGCUGCUGAGAUGAAACGGGACGUUGCAAGGGGAGCAGUGAGAGCUGCAUUCUGAUGAGAAGGCAGUAUGGAUUACCUUUUCAUGGAUCAAUAUAUGUAUAUUACUAGCCACAAAUAAUGUGAAGAAAAAUAUUAUUCUGAUGGUGAUUUUCGUGUACAAGUUUUAUUUAUUUGUUCUUCUCUUGUUUAACAUGUUAGCUAUUCAUGUGGUUUGUUAGUGUACAUUAUAAGCAGAGAUUUGACUUAGCAGUGGCUGGUAGAAAAGUGCAAUAGUGAAACUCAUGUAAUUCAUAGAUAUUGUGCCAGUGGUGAUGCUUUUUCUCAAGUUUCUUUAACAGGUGUGAUCCUAGUCUUGUUAGACAUA